AUGACCUAUCCAGUAACUGUCUCUAGCCUUUCCUCGACGACGACAGAGAAGUCGCUGUCCGAGUUCUUCUCGUUCUGCGGCAAAAUCUCUUCGAUCCAGCACGAGUCCGGCGCUGGAACUGCGACAAUCACCUUUGAGAAGCAACAGGCAGCAAAGACGGCGCUCAUGCUCAACGGUGGAACGCUAGAUGGUAACACCAUUCAUGUCACGAGCGACACCGUCACCGAUGAGCAUGAUACAACCGGACGAGCGUCGCUAGACGAGGGAAGUACCUCGUAUGAGCAACACGACAAGCCGCGUGCAGGUAUUGUCGCAGAGCUUCUUGCCAAAGGCUACGUCCUCUCGGAGCACGUGCUACACAAGGCGAUUGAAGUUGACCAGAAGCAGGGUAUCUCGACUCGCUUCCUCAACUAUAUGCGCUCGCUCGACAAGACACUCGGCGAGAAGAUUAGCGGACCAGAGGGAACCGUGAGCGGCAAAGCCAAAGAGGUUGUCGACCAGGGAUACGCUCAGGCCAAGUCCAUCGACGAACAGCACGGAAUCUCGAAGCAAACCCAGGACUAUUACUCGCGCGCCGUCCAAUCGCCGUUUGGCCAAAAGGUCAUGGCGUUUUAUACACAGGCGGCCAAGCAAGUCGCCGAUGUGCAUGAAGAGGCGAAACGCAUCGCAGAGCUCGAGAAAGAAAAGGCAGCGCACGCUGCAGAGACUGCGCCACCCUCGACUGCUCCGACGACAGCCGCUCCUGGUGCUUCGUACUAA